AUGCCUGGAAUCCCAUUCGGCGCUCUCGACAACCUGAAGGGCAAGCUCAAGGCUGCCUUCAAGAGCCGGGCCGAGAAGAAGGCGAAGAAGGACGCGGAGAAGGCCAAGAAGGACGAGGCGGCCCCGGCGGCCCCGGCUGCUGCUACUGGUGAGAGCAGCACUGCUGCUCCCGCCGCGGCCGCUGGUACCGCUGCCACUGCUGGUACCGAGGCCACCAAGACCGAGACGGCCCCUGCGGCUGCCCCUGUUGAGACUCCGGCUGUUGAGAUGUGCUAA